AUGAAACGCGUGGUCGGCCGUUAUUCCCUUGCCAACUCGAACUUAGAUGAGAGUGAACUUCCUGAGUUUGAACCUUCUUCUGAUGUUUGGAAUCCAAGAGGAACCCCGGAUGAAGCAACGCAAGCUGCGAGUCUCUCUGCGUUGAGCGUUGACAUGCGUGUGACAGAGAACAAGGCCGAGCACAUCACAGACAAAUACAACAACUCCAACCUCAUCGUGCGCAGGGGUAAAGAAUUCACCAUCAUCAUUAAAUUUGACCGCGCCUUCGACGAAGAGCAGGACAACGUGGAGAUGGAAUUCCUGAUUGGUAGUGCCCCUAAUGAAAACAAGGGCACCUACAUCAUCGUGUCCAUCGGAAAAGAGAAACGUGAUGUCAGCUGGAAGUGUCGUGUGGUAAACAUCGAGGGAAAAGACGUGACGGUGGGCAUCACGCCGGACCCCAAGUGCAUCGUGGGCCGCUUCCGCACUUUUGUGGCUGUUGUGAGUGGUUUAGGAAAACAGCGCACCCCGAAGAACCCUGACACUGACGUUUACGUGCUGUUCAAUGCUUGGGACCCUGGUGAGUACAACUGCAUUCACAUGCUGCUCACAUUUGACAUAAAACAACAUGACAGCCUUUGA